AUGUUCAGAGAUGUGAUUGUAGAGAACAUUAGUCAUCUGAUGUGUAUGAGAUCUCAUACUCUAGAGAAUUCUUUUGAAUGUCGUGAUUUCAGGGAAGAUUCUACUGAACAUAUAACAUUGACUCAAAAUGUUAUAACUGGCAUAAGAAAGAAACCCUAUAUAAGCAAAAAAAAUAGGAAAUCUUUCAUUGGCUUGUCAUCUUUUAAUCAGCAUAAGGAAAUCCAUACAAGGUAUAAGUCAUAUGAGAGUCAUCUAUGUGGUUAUGCCUUUAUUCAAAGCACUUCCCUUAUACAGUAAGAAAAUGACAAUGGAGAGAUAACAUUUGAAUGCCACAUGUGUGCAAAAAUCUUCAGUAAAAGUUCUAAUCUCAGGCAACAUGAGACGAUUCACACUGGCAGAAAGCCACAUGGAUGUCGUCUGGGUGGGAAAGCCUUCACUCAUUGCUCUGACCCUAGAAAACAUGAGAGAACUCACACUGGAGAGAAAGCACCUGGAUGUCGUCUGUGUGGAAAAGCCUUCCAUCCAUCUGUCCUUAGACGACACGAGAGAACUCACCCCGGAGAGAAGCCAUAUGAAUGUGAUAUAUGUGAUAAGGCCUUCAAUAGAAGUUAUAACUUUAGGCUUCAUGGGAGAGUUCACACUGGAGAGAAACCAUAUGAAUGCCCUCUAUGUGGGAAAGCCUUCAGGAAUCAUUUUAACCUUAAACAACAUGAGACAACGCACACUGUACAAGUCAUAUGA